GCUGGAGCUGUGUCAGGGGAAGGUUGGGCUGGAUAUCAGAAAAAUGUUUUUUUCCCUCAAAGGGUGUUUAGGCACUGAGCAGGCUCUCCAGGGUAGUGGUCACAGCAUGAAGCCUCAGUUCAAGAAGUGUUUGGACAGUGCUCUCAGGGACAGAGUGGGAUGGUUGGGGUGUUCUGUACAGAGCCAGGGGUUGGACGCCAUGAUCUUGAUGGGUCCCUUCUGAUUCAGCAUGUUUUAUGAUUCUGUUAUUCUAGUGGAAGAUGUCAGCAGGGGGUGGAACAGGAUGGUCUUCCAAUCCAAAUCAUUCCAUGAUUCCAAGAUGGAGCUGGUCCAGAUGUUGGCCAGGCAGAGCCAGUUUCAAUGGCAUUUUUGCUUUCUUCUAAAUCCCCAGGAAGGAAGUUCAGCUCAAGGACACAAGUCUGUCACUGCAGCUUGAGGGCUCUGGAUGCUCCCCUUGGUCUGGGCGGUGGCUGGAGGUGUCUGUUUGAGGGUUGCCACUCCUCAGGUUCAGGGUCCAGCUUGCUCCCCAAGGAAAACUCACCAUCAGUUGCAGCCCCAUUGCCCCGACAUGGGGGGUGGAGGGGAAGGGUUUGUUGCCCUGGGGAGCUGUGGGGCAGCUAUUGUCCCCAGCACUGCCCCCAGCCUGGCGCUGUGUCCUCGCAGUGUGCAGGAGUUCAUGACGUUCACAAGCCAGCUGAUCGCGGAGCGCUCGGCGCUGGGCAGCAGGGCCUCGGUCAAGGAGCAAGAGUACCUGUGCCAUGUGUAUGUCCGGAGCGAUGGGCUUGCCGGAGUAGUGAUCGCAGACAAUGAAUAUCCACAGCGAGUUUGUUUCACCUUGCUGGACAAGGUGCUGGAUGAGUUCUCCAGGCAGGUCAGCAAGAUGGACUGGCCCUCAGGGUCACCUGCCACCAUCAGCUACUCUGCCUUGGAUGGAUACCUCAGCAAAUACCAGAACCCCCGGGAUGCUGACCCGAUGACCCGAGUGCAGGCAGAACUGGACGAGACCAAAAUCAUCCUGCACAACACUAUGGAAUCACUGCUGGAGCGUGGGGAGAAGCUGGACGACCUGGUCUCCAAAUCGGAGGUGUUGGGGGCACAAUCCAAAGCCUUCUACAAAACGGCCCGAAAGCAGAAUUCCUGCUGUGAAAUCAUGUGAUGUGGAGCCCGGCGUCUCCACCUCCGGACCACCAGCCCUCUGCCCCCUCCACAGCCACCCUCAGGGGUUUUCCUGGGGCUGGGCCAGGGAUCCUCAGCCCCCUGGGCUGAUGUGACUGUUGUUCACUUUGAGGGAACACCAAUACUGGCACCGGACUGGCACCCAUGGAGGGAGGUCCACACUGAAGACACCCUCCACUCUCACUGUUCUGGGAUAGCUUGGACCAGAGGGCAUCCAGCCAUGCGCUCCCCUGCCUUCACACCCCCCGGGGAGCCUGGAGGAGCCCCCCACUG